GACAACCACCUCCCUUUAGAGGGUUCCAAGGUUUUUACACACACGAGGAGGCCUGUCCGCUACGGGGACUGUCACGGUUCGAGGUGUUACGGUUCCGUCUAGGCGGUGCGGUUGUCGCGUCUGCGCGCCCCGUCGUCGGUCCGUCUGUGCCUCGCCGACCGUCGGCAGACGCUCCGUGCAGAGCCGGUCAGUCGGGCACUGGCCGGCGGCGGGGUCGUGCCGGCACUCCGGGUCACAGGGUGGUGUUUACCGCGAGGGGCGAGUGCGGACGCUGGCUUAGCCCCAUGCUCGUUAUCAGUGGUGUAUCGUAACGAAAUAGCUAACGAUUUGGGAGGAGUUGUUGAAAGUUGCGUUGAAGUCACACGUUGGAUGUGUUAUCGCGUCACAGCAAGCGAGUGGUGAUAUCAUCACAGUUGAGUUUGGGGAAUAUCGGUGGUUGUCUUUUGAUCAUCUGUUCCGUGAUAUUACAUGAGUAUGAAGAAAAACGAAAUAGGAACGAUGUUCACUAGGCUGCAAAAGUUCCUAAACAUUCCUCGCACUGUGCGUAAAUUCCUGUUGGGGGUCUGUUUCACAUGAUUUUGCAAGGUGUCCAUGUAACUUGUUGCCGUAAUUUUAAAAUAUGCGUAGCUCCCGGGAGAAUCGGGUGGAUUCUGGAAGCAGUUCGAGUUGUGGUGGGCGCUCACACGGCCUUCACCAAGUUCAUAGACCCCGGCGGGCACCUUCUUCACUCCCAUAUACCUCAGACGCCGGGAGAGGCCGCCCCGCAGGCGGAGCAGACACCCCGCGACCGGUAACGUCUUCAUGUCUGCGAGCACGGCCCCUGCUGCCGCUGCUGCUGCUGCUGCUCCUACUGCUGAGCCUGGCGACCAGCUCCGCCGGCACCGUGGUACCGCCAUUGCUGGAGAUCCUAGCUCGACACACCGGAGACUGCUCAGUACUCACCUUCUCCAAUGAAGACGCCGCGCCCUGGCUUCGCGACCUCAACGGACGCCAGUUCUCCUCGAUGAACUUCCAGUUCGAGUCGGAGCUGGGUGCCGGCCAGUUGCCGGCGCCGCCGCCCAACACCAACUACUACGCCGAGGUGCUGCGGCUGCCCUGCCUGACGCACGUCUUCUGGGGCAACAUCUCCUCGCUGAUCGGCCGCACGCUGCGCGCCGUCGAGGAGCAGAAGACGGUGGUGAUCCGGCGCGAGUACUUCCUCCUCCACGACACGACCGGCGCUCCUGCGGCCGAUCUGUUCGGCCCGCUGCGCGACCGGCCGAACGUGGCCGUCAUCUCGGAGCGGGCUGACGGCACGGCGCACGUGACGGUGCGCUGUCUGUACUGUGACGCUGGCGGGCCGCGGCUGCAGCGCGCCGGCCACUGGUCGCCCGAGCAGGGCCUCCAGCUGCUGCGGCCGCUCUUCGCCGACCAGUUCGCCGACUUCCACGGCCACCGCCUGACCUGUUCGGUGCUGCCGUUUGUGCCGUUCGUGGACUAUGAGGAGACCGAGGACGGUCGGCUGAUCCCGCAGCCCUCCAUCGACUUCAACGCCCUGCAGGUGAUGGCGGCCAAGUGGAACUUCACCUACGGAAUUAAGAAGCCCAGCGACCUCUCCUGGGGCGUUCAGCGGCCCAACGGCAGCUGGACCGGCAUCAUGGGAGAGCUGGCCGAGGACACCGACACCGACUUCACCCUGGUGCUGACCAUGCUACACAAGCGGGUGGCCACCAUCCGCUUCACGCGUAUCUACGCCAUCGACACGUUCGUGUUCGUCACGGGACUGGCGCAGCCAAUCCCGCAGUGGCUCUCCAUCUUCCGGCCCUUCAGAAUGACGCUAUGGAUAGUGACCAUCGUUUCGGUCUUACUGGCCGGACUGGCGGCGUUCGGUUUCACCCGCUUCCACCCACUUCCGGAGCGUCGCUUUACCAUCAGCCUCUCAAUACUGAACACCUACGGAGCCAUGUGUGAGAACGCCCAGAGUCGAGUGCCGUCUCACUCCACCGCGGCCAAGACGUUUCUGGGCUGGUGGUGGCUGUACUGCAUCAUCAUCCUGACCGCCUACAAGUCCAGCUUGGUGGCCAUGAUGACGGUGCCCUCGCUCAGUGAGAACAUCAACACUCUGGAGGCGCUGGCCGAAAGCAGCUUCUCCUGGGGCCUCAGCGACGGCUUCGGCUCCGACUUCACCCUGUUCCAGACGUCUCCCGUCUCCGUCUACCAGCAACUGUUUGCCAAGAUGCAGUUCCACAACACGUCUGUGUCGUUCCGCAAACUGCUGAACGAGCGGUACGCCUACAUUUCGUGGAAAUCGAACCUGGACACGGUGAUAGCGGAGCGGUACUCGGACCAGCGCGGCCAGCCGCUCGUGCACAUGUCCCGAGAGACGUUCUCACCAGAGAACUACGGCUGGGGCUUCCGGCCGUCGGCGCCGUACGUCCACAAGUUCGACUCGCUCAUGCAGCAGCUGGUAGAGGCGGGGCUCAUCACCAAGUGGGAGCACGACACGCGCGAGCGGCGCGCCUCGCUGGGCCGAGACCGGCGGCCGGCCAGCCGCGGGCCCGACCCCACCCGGUUCGUGGCCAUCUCGGUGUACCACCUGCAGGGCGCCUUCAUGCUGCUGUCGGCCGGGUUCGCGGCAGGCCUGCUGGCUCUACUGGUCGAGGUGUUGGUGCACCGCGCCCGCAGUAAGGCCGCGCGCUGGCGCUGGCAGCGGCUGGCCGCUCGACGCCGCGCGGCCCUCGCCUGGCGCAGCGCCGGGCCCCGUGCCACGAAUGACGAGUGAUCCGGGCGGCCCGUACUACAAGCGGCGAUGAGUGACCCGGGGCGGGGCGUCGGACGCCGUAUGAACCGACCCUACGGGCCCGAUCGAUUCCACCGGUGCUAGUGCGUGAUUGGGAAGCGCCCAGCCGCGGUAGCGCCACGUGACUUGUAAGCGUACCACCUCAGUGCUGCCAACACGGUCGGUCACUCACGCCCCAUAGAACGGACACAGGUGGAGGUAUUUACAAAGUUCCUGUUAGCAGCCGACGGUCACAUGCCCAUGAUUGCUAAUGCAGAAAGACGUGAUACCAACUUACCGGGCGCAAAAGGCCACCACUUUAGUUUAUCAGUGGGACGCAUAUUCUGAAUGGCCAAGCAGCGCUGUUGCUCAGCCAACCAACAGGUGUGUACAUUCAUUCUGUCAUCAGGUGAAAAGGACUUGGAUUAUAUAAACCCCACUACCUUAAUUACACUUAGUUGUCACGCAACUCCGGUGUUUAACACACAAAACACGCAUUAUCUAGGUGCCAAUAACAUUAUUGGACCCGGAAACGCAAAGUAAUUGUAGAUAAAAAGCAAAGGAAAAAAAGCACUGGGAACGAACAGGCAUGGUUCCCGUCACUUACGUAGCGCAUGUUAUGCUGCUAUUUGGCACGAUGUGCACAUUAACUUCCAAAACGGAAGUAAUUUAACUGGCUGCGUUAGGAACGCUGCAAUACUGAAAAACAAGAAGGGUCUUGCAAAUAACGGUAGCCCUAACUAAGUGUUGGAUAUACGAUCCUUUUCUGGUCAUAGGCAGGCCCAAGUUAGGCUUUUUUCCAUGUCACACAUCUGCUUGCUCAGGACGCUUGAAAUCUUCAUUUUUUUUUUAGGCCUAGAUGAUUAAAAAUGCGAUACUUUUACAUUCCAUCAUAACUCAAUCUGCUAUGAAAUCUGGUGGGCUGCCGUUUUCUGGUUAAAUUUGGUCUCCUCCGGGAUAAGGACUAAAAUGUGAAUUACAUCACUCACCUAGCUCACGCACAUCAGUCAUCACAGAAAAAUACAAAACAGCAGACAGCUGCGGCAUAAUAAUAACACUAUCAUGCCAUUGGGUUGCGGGGUCCCGUUUACGAAGCAGAUGUUAACACUGGGAUUAGCCAGUGUUGUGGAAAUGUUAUUCGAGUGUGUGGGUGUGUGUGUUCAAUCUGUGAAGCGUGUGAUCACGGGGCUGUGGCCAAAGCGAACUGAGGCAACACCACAAAUACUGUCAAUAAAACCCACAUCAAC